CACCUUAACAUGAGCGGUGAAUCGUUGCCAAUGUGAAAUGGUAAGCUCCUCCUCUCUUGAAAUGGUGGACAAAUAUUGUCCACAAACGCAUCCUCAAAUUCUCUCCACUAAAUCAUUCCAAACCAAAGAUCUGACCCCCUUCUCCAAGCAACAUCAUCCAGUCCCAAUCACAGGUACCACGAACAAUCCACUACUUUAUAUGGGAAGCUGCUUUGCUAAACCCUACAAAAACUACCACGUCCUCCCUGAUCUUUAUUACUCAGGUCUUGUUUCUCACAACCCGAUAGUUUUAGCUUAGCUCCUUGAAAUGGGAAUGGUUCUUGGAAGGAUUACUGUAGAAACUCCAGAAUAUGAAGUGAUUCAAUCCUCAAAUGAUUACGAAAUCCGCAAAUAUGCUCCAUCAGUCCUUGCAGAAGUCACAUAUGAUCCAUCUCAAUUCGAUGGGAAGAAAGAUGGUGGGUUCAUGGUUUUGGCUAAUUAUAUUGGUGCCUUGGGCUAUCCACAGAACACCAAGCCUGAAAAGAUAGCCAUGACAGCUCCAGUUAUAACUAAAACUGGUGGUGGAAGUGAAAAGAUUGCGAUGACAGCUCCUGUUGUGACUAAAGAGGGUAGUGGAGAGGGGGAAAAGAUGGUGACGAUGCAGUUUGUGUUGCCUGCUAAGUAUAAGAAGGCAGAGGAGGCACCCAAGCCUGUGGAUGAGAGGGUUGUGAUAAGGGAAGAAGGGGUGAGGAAAUAUGGGGUGGUAAAGUUUGGAGGUGUGGCAACCGAGCAGGCGGUGGCAGAAAGAGUGGAGAAGCUGAAGAAGAGCUUGGAGAGAGAUGGGCUUAAGGUGAUUGGAGAAUUUUUGCUGGCAAGGUAUAAUCCACCCUGGACUUUGCCUCCUUUGAGGACUAAUGAGGUUAUGAUCCCAAUUGAGUGAGCACUAAGAUAUGGUGGUUGUAAGGGUUCUAAUGUCAAUUGAUUCAAGUCCUCCUGUUAAUGUUUUAUAGGAAAAGUUAUUCCAGAUAAAUAAUGGAUGUUGUUAUCCAUAAGACAAAUUAGAUUGCUUUAAUCUAUUUCGAUGUUUGAAUU